AUGAGCUUUGAAUUAAUAUUGCUGUUUCUCUGCGUGCACUACGCGCAGAGUGCUGAUCAAGGAAAGCGCUCAAUAGACUCUAUAGGACUCGGGUCUAUAGGACUCGGUUCUGUAGGACUCGGGUCUGCAGGACUUGGGUCUGCAGGACUCGGGGCUGCAGGACUCGGAGCUGCAGGACUCGGGGCUGCAGGACUCGGUGGAGGAGCCAUACCAAUACGUCAUUCCUACUCAGAAUACCACAACCGAGUGGCCAUCCCUGUACCCCAACCCAUCCCCAUCGGCGUACCUAGAGCUGUUCCCGUCCCCGUCCAUGUAGGAGUACCUGUAGACCAACCGCGCCCGGUCCCUGUAGCAGUUCCCCAACCCGUAGCGCAAGUUAUAUCCCGACCUAUUGCGGUACCUAUAGACAGACCUUUCCCGUAUCCCUACGCGCAGCCUGUGCCUGUGACUGUGACGCAAGGGGUGGGGAUACCUGUGCCGCAGCCGUAUGCUGUCGGGGUGCCUGCUCCGGUCCCUGUGGGAGUUCCCCAACCUGUUGCGGUGCCUGUGUCUGUUGUUGGGGCUGGCGGGGGACUGGGAGGUAUAGGGGGAAUUGGAGGACUUGGGGGAAUAGGCGCAGUUGGGGGAAUUGGCGGAGUAGGUGGUAUAAUAAGUGGUGUUGGCGGUGCAAUAAGCAGUGUUGAUCAUUCUUCAGUUAUAUCUCAACCCGUGAUCAGCGGGUCCCUCGCGGCUUCACAUGGACAUGGCCACCAUUACUGA